CUUCGCCAUGUCACUGCAGGAGGCCUCAGAUGCUCGAAAAGCGCGUUUGAUCGCCCUAAGAAACCGCAAGGAGGGUAUAUCAACUGGAGCAAAUGGAGAUUCUGUACUUCUCAGCAGGAAUUACGACCCAGAGACAAGGACGUUGAAGAAACACUCGAAAAAUGACGUCCUGACGACAGACACCGUUGAGAAAGUUGUGGAAGGAGUGGCUGAAAUGAUCAUUGCCCAGGAUGAGCUGCAGCGUACCCAGGAACUUGACGUAUUCAACAUCGCACCAAAACGGCCAAACUGGGAUUUAAAGCGCGAAAUGGAAAAGAAACUUGCAAAGCUGGAGCGAAAGACUCAAGAAGCUGUCCAUACACUCAUCCGGCAGAGACUUGCUUCUCAAAAAGGGCAAUCAGAUGACAUUUUAGGAGCAAUGAAUGCACAAGAGAAAGCAUUGGAUAUUGAAGACCAAGCGUCAGACGAGGAUGAAUGAAGCAGGCUCCUUCUCUCUCGCGCCCAUCGUGCCACCUCAUGGUCAUGGAUCUUAGCUCUUCCUCUGUAUGUGGGCUGAAUAUUACCCUAGUACUGCAGCCUCCCUGCGGUGGCGAACUCGUGCCACAACUGACGCGAACACGUCAAGGCGUAGGCUGCCUUGCUUUAUCGAUCGCACCUUGAAACACGGAGUUCCGCCAUUCAAGAUUUAAUAGAGGUACUCGAAAUGGUGGACAUGUUCCUUGCACCUUGUAUAUUACCUUGACAAUUUAGACGAGGGAAGUCUAUGCAAAAUCGGUACUCUCAUCAGACACGUGAGGCCCCAGAGUUGUUUUCACUUUGAACAAGGAGAUAUUGUGAACUCAAC